AUGCGGAACAAAUAUUCUCCAAGCAAACUUGAUGGUUUUAACAGGAUGAACCUACAUUGCUUUGUUUGCAAUACCAAAGCUGGAGUGACAUUUCGAAAUGCCAUCAACAUAUUUGGGGAGCAAACAACCCUACAGUCCGGGAAGAGCUUGGCGGACGUGCUCAGCGAGAUCGUCGAGAAGCGCGUCAAAGAGGAUGAAAUACAUUCGAAGGUCCUCUGCAAGAAAUGCUACAAAGUUUGCACUGAAUACGACUCGAUACAAAUCAGGAUGAGAGUGUUAAAGUCUGAUAUCCUCGGGCAGUUCAAGAAGACUCUGCCAAAGUACAAGCUCAACUACGACACGUAUAACGCGUCGUCUGCUACGGGGGAAUCCCCCGCUCCAAGCCCUCAAUCCUCCCCUAGCGAGGUAACAAUGAAACGGGUGGUGGUGCCCGCUUCGAAGCUACAACCCCUACCGCCCGAUUUCGUCAUAAAAGCGGGAACGGUGGCGCGGAGGAAGGCGACUUUAGCGUCUAAACUAGCCAAUCCGGAGAUAAGGAUACUAUCGCCGUCGACUCUCAAUCUGAAGGUCACUGUCGGCACAUCCGUGCUAACUCAGAGCAUCAAAACCACCGGUGCCCUGAACAACAAAUCUCAGAGACUGGCGCUCGUGCCCAGCGUGAGGCACGUGACGUCAUCGGUGACGUCGGCAGUCGCCGCGACCCAUUCCCCGUUGAAGAUAACCAAGCUCGAGGCGAACAGCGAUCCGGAGAACAACGAUGAGCAGCCGAUGGAGAUUGACGAAGACUGCUCUCUGGCAGUGAUCACGACCCAAGAAGAUAAGAAGUGGGUACUGCAGAAUGUUCCCGAAAAGAGAAUCGAAAUCGGCGAGGGCGACGGGAUGAAGACCGAGAACUACCUGGACGUCGGUCUACUCCCAGGAUUGGAGGCGGAAGAGCGCCAAAGUCAGCUGCUGCUCGGGAAGUUCCAGAUCCUGGACGAAGACGCAGACGAUGGGGACGACCAGACGUUCGUGAUGAACGAGAGAGACGGCUCCAUAAUCCGCGUGGUGUCCGGCCAGAAGUUGCUGUACGGCGACGCGGAGAUUUCGCUGGUGGUGCCCGAGGACGGCGACGGUGACAGUCAAGAUUCGAACGACGAGUCGCAGAUCGAGCUGCAAGUGUCCGGCGACGAGGAAACUGCCAACGCAAUCAUCGCGGCGGCGCAGGAACAAGGCGGGGCUUUCAUAAAAGUGGAGUCCGGAGAGAUGUACAGAGUGAAAUCCGUAGAGAGCAAAGCAGAACCAGAGGAAAAGAGCGAGGAUGAUGAGACAGACAUACACUCGAUCGCAUCGCAAAUGGCGGACGGGCAAUACAAGUGCUUGCUGUGCGAAAGGGACGGAGAGAAAAGCGAGGGGCUGGACGCGACGAGCCUGUCGCGCCACGUGGGCGCCUCGCACGGCGCCAGGGUCUACGCGUGCGCCCUCUGCGGGCUGCUGCUGGGUCAGAAGGGAGCCUACGUCCAACAUUUAGAAAAGCACGCGAGCAAACAGCAAGCGGACAAGAGCAAAGUGCACGAAUGCACGGUAUGCAAGAAGAAAUACAGCUCCCGGCAGCUGCUGGGCGAGCACAUGAACACGCACAGCGGCGCGAGGCCGCACCGCUGCGCCCUCUGCGGGAAGACCUUCGCCUCCAAGUACACGCACCAGUCCCACCUCAAGACGCACCUGGAUAGACCAAGGCCGUACAAGUGCGAGCAAUGCGGCAAAUCUUUCCUCACUCAGCAGAACCUCAACCAGCACGAGAAAACCCACUCGGGUGUCAAGGACUUUAUCUGCAAAGUGUGUGGCAAGGCGUUCGGCACCCAGCACAACCUGAAGGUGCACGGCGUGGUGCACUCGGGCACCAGGCCGUUCGUGUGCGGCGUCUGCGGGAAGGCGUUCGCGAGGCGCGCCGAGGUGCGCGACCACUUGCGCAUCCACACCGGCGAGCGGCCGUUCUCGUGCGAGAUCUGCGGCGCGAGCUUCACGCAGCGCUCGAACCUGCACUCGCACCGGCGCGCCACCCACCUGGACGACAAGCGCUACAAGUGCCAGCUCUGCCCCAAGCGCUUCAAGCGCCGCAGGCUUCUCGAUUACCACGUGAAGGCGUCCCACACUGGCGAAAGGCCCCUCCAGUGCGAGGUUUGCAGAGUCACCUUCGUCUAUCCGGAGCACUACAAGAAGCACCUGCGAAUACACAGCGGCGAGAAGCCGUUCGUAUGCGAGGUGUGCGGGAAGUCUUUCAAUUCGCGCGACAAUCGGAACACUCACCGCUUCGUGCACAGCGACAAGAAGCCUUACGAGUGCCUCGUCUGCGGCGCCGGUUACAUGCGCAAACAGCUGCUCUACCACCACAUGAACACCAGCGGUCACCUGGCUGAGUCUAUAGUCGUCAAUCAGCCUCGAGUCACGAAAUUAGUGGAAAAUGUGGUGACCACCUCCUCCCCGAUGGCAGAUGGGGCGUCGACAGUUACAGUCGCCGAGUCCAUAUUCCAAACACCCGAGGGACUGCAAGUCGAAACCACCGAGAAGUCUGACGAUCGGGCUAACGACGGUGGUGCGAAACUCUUCAUAGCUGACGACAAAAUCAUCAUACAGGACGGCAAAUCCCUGAACCUCGUUCAAGGAAACGGGGACGCAUCUUUGCUGACGCUACACAACAUCGAAGACGGCAAAGACAACCCGAUCGUGGAGGCCGUGACGGCAGAUCAACUCGUGGUGAAUGCACAGUCCGAGGAGGUGGGGGUCCCUCAGGGUCUGGAAAACGGGGGAAUGCUCCGUCUGGUGCAGGUUCGACUCCCCGACGGCCGAAGCGGCUGGCUCGCCGUUGACUCU